AUGGAGUACCUCCCGAGUCUUCAACAGGAGUUUGAUGAGCUCAAGCCAUCGCUUUUCGGUGAGUUACGCCGCCCGAUCCCCACGGGGAGUGCAAAGACCCGCACUCGGGGACUAACGCGACCCCUUCUCUACGCCCUGAUUUCUCUUGUCGUCGAACGCUACUAUCUCCGCACAUUUGGCGGAUCCUUCACUGAAAAUUUCUACUCACUAAAGCGUGAGCGCGUCCUCCGCACCAAGAAUGGCGAGAUUCCGCGCGCCCAGGUCGGCGCUGCCGGCCCCGUUCGCGACGCCCUCAAGCUGCACUCCACGGAUGUGUGGAAGAACCUUUUAGUGAUGGUCGGUAUUCCGUACCUCAAACGCAAGCUUGACGAAGGCUAUGACAUCCACGCCGCACCGCAGGCGUCCCUGGUAAUAGGCGGCGGGCCACAGUACAACCCCAGUGACGACCUGCCGGCUCGUCCGUCGCUGCGACAACGACUGUUUUUUUACUACAAAUGGUUCCUGCGCCGUGUCUAUCCGUCCGUCAAUGCGGCGUACUAUUUCUCGAUUUUGGCUUUUAACCUCGCAUAUCUCUUUGACAACACUAAAUACUCUUCCCCGUUCCUCUGGCUGAUCGGCUCGCGCAUCCGCCGCCUCGGAACCGCAGACCAUCGUGCCAUCGCCGCAGUUCUGGAGCCCAAGCCCCGGCCCGGGGGUGCUCGGUCCCAACGCCCAGGUUCAGGCCUGAUGGGUCUGCUGAGCCCCCAAAACCUCUAUCCACAGAUGCUGACGUCGCUGCGCUACUUCCUGCCCGCGUCGAUCUUCGCGCUCAAGUUCCUGGAGUGGUGGCACGCCAGCGACUUCUCGCGCCAGCUUGCCCGCAAAGCCACCGAAGUCCUCGACCUCCCGGCACCCGUUGUCGCGGGUCUCACCCCGCCGGCCGAACGGCGCAAGUCUCAGCCGGAUGAGAAGCAGAAGAAGCCAGCCGCAGACUCAGAAAAGAAGACGGGCGAUCUUAAAUCUGCCCUCAAACAGCCCCGUCGUCUCCAACCACCCGUCUCUGCCACCUCCUAUCUCCCUAUCUUCACAGUCCCCUUGCCCCCUGCCGAUGUUUCCAGCGCCAACACUUGCCCCGUGUGUCUGAACACGCUCGUAAACCCGACGGCUUGCCAGACGGGCUAUGUGUUCUGCUAUGUCUGCAUCUUCCACUGGCUGAACGGUGAGCACCAGCGUCAGCAGGAUUUCAUGAACGGGGACGGCGCCGGGGCCCCGUGGGAAGAGGAGAUUACGGGAGAUGAUGAAGAUAUGAAGGGCCCUGAGGAGUAUGACGCUAACGCGAAGGCACCCCGCAAGCGAGCGGGUAAGUGGGAGAGUGGGAAAGGCCGCUGCCCCGUCACAGGGAGGAGAGUGCUUGGGGGGACGGAAGGGUUGCGGCGGGUGUUGAUAUAA